UGUUGCAGUCUGAUCUUUGAACCUGGUCAACAGCAGACAGUCCUGGUGGAUCAGUCAGACCACCUCAGGACUGCAGGACCGCGACUCCCAAAACCAGCUCCACCAGAGAGGACAACACCAACCAAAACCAAAACCCCCGAUUCCUUCCCCCGACACUGACAUGGACCUGAUUCUGGACCUCCAACAAACUCCCCGGGAAUCCUGAUCUCAUGAUCUUCCUCUAAAAUGUUUCCAGAGUAACUGAAGUAGUCAGAUUUUUAUUUUACUUUUUAUUUUUUAUUUUUUAUUUUUUUUAACUAACACUCAAAACUAGAGAUGUUUAACUUAAGAUGCUUUUUAACGUGCCUUUUGGCUUUUAUUACAACAUCCCAGAGUUUACACGUGACUGACGGGGAUGGACAGAGAUUUCUGGAGAAUAUUUUACACUUUUAUGGGGAAAAUUCAUCAAUUUCAACGGGGAAUCUGGAAGAUUUACUGCUGUUAAUCUCAGCCAGAAGGUCUCACUCAGUAACUGAAGAAAAUCCACUGGCAAACCAAGAGUGUCCCUCAGCAGAGCAGAUCUUGUCCCACUUCGGGUUCAGUAAUGUCAGUCAGCUGACUGUGGGACAUCUGGGGAGGAUCUGUCCCGCUGUGUUGACCCAGGUGCUGCUGCCCUCCUGCCCCUACACCACCCCCAAGACUGUGCCGCCUCUCGACUACACUGUGUGGGGUUACGGGUUUCUGGCCGUCACUGUGAUCAACCUCGCGUCUCUGCUCGGCCUCCUGCUGAUACCCUUCACCAAAAAAUCCUACUUCCCCAAAGUGCUGACCUACUUCAUCGGCCUGGCCAUCGGGACUCUCUUCUCCAAUGCUGUACUUCAGCUCAUACCAGAGGCUCUGGGGUUUGAUCCCAAAGCAGAUAACUACGUGGCAAAUGCAGUUGGAAUAUUCGGUGGGUUUUACCUGCUUUUCUUCGUGGAGAAGGUCCUGAAAAUGGCUCUCAGGGUGGAGCAUGAUCAUGGCCACAGCCACUUCACUCCUGCAGAGCCGCCUCAGGAAAACUCCCUUCACAACGGAGACAUCAUGGAGAAGAAGGACUCCAUCAUCUUGACCAGCAUCAGCACCGUCUCCAUAGACAAGAGAAGCCCGAGCCCAGACCUUCCGCACGCAAACGUGACACUUUCCCAGAGCGCCAAGGGGUCAGGCGUGAUGUGCCACUGGCUGCGUGGGCAGCACAUCACCAGCAUCAAGACGGUGGCGUGGAUGAUAACGCUGAGCGACGCGCUGCACAACUUCAUCGACGGCCUGGCUAUCGGUGCGUCGUUCACCGUGUCAGUACUGACAGGGUUCAGCACUUCAACUGCUAUCGUGUGUGAAGAGUUUCCCCAUGAGCUGGGCGACUUCGUGAUCCUCCUGAACGCAGGUAUGAGCAUCCCUCAAGCCAUUUUCUUCAACCUGCUGUCGGCGGUGUCGUGUUACAUCGGCCUCGUGUUUGGAAUCCUGCUCGGGAGCAACGUUGCCCCCAAUGCAAUCUUUGCCAUCGCAGGAGGAAUGUUCCUGUAUAUUGCACUGGCAGACAUGUUUCCAGAGAUGGACAGCAUCGCACGAGAACAGAAAAGAACCUCCGACAAGAUCAUCUUCUUCCUGAUCCAGAACGCGGGGCUGCUGACCGGGUUCAUCAUCAUACUGCUGAUCACCAUGUUUGCAGGGGAGAUCAAUCUGGGUUAGAAGGGGAGGAAAACACAAACUGGAAAUAAAUAUAGUUAAUGAGCUGCUUCCAUUUCUGCUCUCAGCUCACUCGGCUGGGCAGGAAAGUGAAUGUAAAGUGAAUGUUUUGUACAAACAAAACUAAAUGUUUAAAGGAAAAAUUAUGUUUUCUUUUUAUGUUUUGACUAUCAGUUUAGUGGAACAUUUAUUCCAUAAAAAGGGAAAAUCUUUACAAUCAUUUGAUGUAUUAAAUCUAGACAAAUUUGUUUUAAGGAGACAAUAAAUUAUUUUUUCAGUCUUCAUA